AUGUCCAAGUUAAUUGCAAAUCUUGAUAGCAGCUUUUCUAAAUAUGCUCUUGCUGCAGGAACUGGUUUAACUAUAGGAUACUUGCUAAGUCGAUUAGUAUUCUGUAGUAGUAGUGCUAGUAAGAGCAAGGAAACUGAUUACUAUGAAACCCGAAAGCUACUAGAUGAAUACUUGGCCAUGCAUUUUGGCAAGGAACUUGAUCUACUGCAGUAUAAGUUCUUUCCUGCACAAGCAUUAGAAUUCCCCCAGCGCUGUGCUGACCAGUGCAUCAAGCACUAUCAAAAUACCACACCUCGCCGUGCUUUAGAUAUUGGCUGUGCAGUGGGAGCGUCUUCUUUCGACUUAGCACGAUGUUUUGAUGAAGUUGUUGGCAUUGAUUAUUCGCAAUCUUUUAUUAAUGCUUGCAAUGAAUUAAAAAAAAAGGGUCGAAUGGACUAUUCUAUUAUCAAUGAAGGAGACCUUACUAAACCUUGCACUGCAGAAAUUCCAGCUGAUAUUGAUCGAUCUCGCGUACACUUUCAAUGCGGUGAUGCAUGCAAUUUACCAACAAAUCUUGGACAAUUUGGCUGCGUCCUGGCAGCAAAUUUGAUUUGCCGAUUACCAGAUACACGUGCAUUUCUAUACCGUCUUCCGUCAUUGGUAGCUGCAGGAGGUAUUUUAGUAAUUACGUCGCCGUAUACGUGGUUGGAACAGUUUACACCUAAGGAUAAAUGGAUUGGUGGUUAUUUGGACAAAGAUGGCAAACCAGUUACAGGUUUCGAUACGUUGAAAUCGAUACUUGGUACACAUUUUGAUCUUAUCGAUGAUGAGAAUAUGCAAUUUUUUAUUCGAGAAACUGCACAUAAGAAUCAAUGGUCAGUCGCUCAUUGCACUAUAUGGAAACGAAAAGAGAACUAA